GUCGCGGCGGCUGGAUGGAGGCUCAGGGAGAGACCAGCACCACCGAGUCAGAAAAAUGGCAGAAUUCCCCGAAGUUGUACGGAAGAAGCCCAGACGUAGGGGGAAAGCCCUUGGGAGAGCCUGUCAGAGGGUUCCAGAACCUACUGAAGUCGUCCAGCUCAGCUAGCCUCGCCACAGACGUAGCCCACUGUGCAACGGGGGAGCAGGCCAGCACUCCAGGGCACCACACAGGUCACCUGUUGUCCAGUGAGAGAAGACAGCCUCUCAGCAGUGUAUCGUCUCUUGAGGUCCACUUUGACCUGCUGGACCUGACGGAGCUCACAGACAUGUCUGACCAGGAGCUGGGGGAGGUCUUUGCUGAUUCAGACGAGGAGAAUCAUAACGAAUCUCCAGCAAAUCCACAGCACCCCCCGCUGGUUCGCUUCCCCCACGCGGGCUACGUGCGCUCCCCGUCAUGGACACGCAGCGGGCGGGCCGAGCAGCCCAAAGACCGGAAGCACCACAGCGACUCGGACAGCACCGAGCCUCUUCUGAAGAUGGAGCGCUCUCUGUCUCAGCAGCCCUGAUGAGUCGACGUCCGCGGGAACCCGUCCGCUGCAGGAGGGCCGCCGACCCGCCCCACCGCCCCACCGCCCACUCACCAAGGGGCGCACACAGGGAGCUUCCACACCCCCCAGAGCCCUGUCUGGGACUGAGAGAGAGAGAGAGAACCAGAAGGAGAGAGAGAGAGAGAGAGAGAGAGAGUAUAUGUGAGAAAGAGAGAGAGAGAGAACCAGAACGAGAGAGAGAGAGAGAGAGACAGAGUAUAUGUGAGAAAGAGAGAGAGAGAACCAGAAGGAGAGAGAGAGAGAGAGACAGAGUAUAUGUGAGAAAGAGAGAGAGAGAGAGAUAGUAUGAAAGAGAGAGUGCUAGACAGUGAAGAGAGGUGAAGAAGUGGGAAUGGCAAGAGACAUAGAGGAAUGUACUGUAGGAGAUGGAGGAAGAGGAGAGAUUGAGUCCAGAAUGGGUUAUUCUUCAUCCAGCGAUUGUAAGCAAGUUUCACAUUCGAACAGUCGCUAAGGUCAUGUCCCGCAUGGAUCCCAACAUAUGAACUGUGGUCUGCACACUGCUGAUACAUCAAGCAGCAAACUAAUGAUCUCAUCCUUUAGCAGACCAGUCAGGUUUAGGCCCAUAGAGGUGGUGGGCCAGUCAGCAACAGAGCCUUGUACAACCAUCUCUCAUUGCCUUUGUGGGUGAGGGCAGUUUGGUCAGCAUGAGUCUUGGCAACAUCAUGACGUGCCCGUGGCCCUGCAAUGGGACAUGGCCUCAGCGCUGGAACACCUCAUUAGUGCAGGGGCUUCAGGGCAUACCGCAAUGCCCCAACAGGACUAUGGGCCACACAAGCACCUUGUUAAAGGGGAGGAACAUAGAACACUACUACCUUACCAUGACAGAAAUCCUGCCCGCUUGGCUGUAAUGGUGGACCACAAACACGGCCUCUGGUCAUGGAGACACUACCAAGUCCUGUGAGAAAUGUUCAAAUGUAGGUCCUUGACGUCUAAAGAAAAUUCACGUUCAUGUUCUAAAAGUAUACAGUAUAAAGGAUUGCCAAAUGAUAAGUGUGUAGCUUACUCAGACCAUAUCUCCGUGAGUGGGUUUACCUCCUCAGUUUUGUGUGAAAUGGACCGGUCCCUAGUAACGUGGUCAGUGUCUUUUGUUGUUGUUGUUGUCUAAUGUAUGCAGAACAUAUCAUAAAUUGUACAGGGUAAAGAGAUAAUUAGAGUAAACCAGCGGCGAUUAUGCAGUUUGUCGAGAUCUGCCAGGGAUAUUGAUGUCACAGGGGCACCCUUGGGAGAGCUGGAAUAGCAUGUAUAAAAAUGUCUCAGACUCUACCUGGCGAGCGAGGAGAGAGAUACAGGCUGGGGACUCACACGGGCCUUAAUAAGACUCAAAGAUUCCGGCCAAUCAAAGGACAUGUAUGUGAAAAUGCCUUCUCUGCUUUUGCCCUUCUCUCAUGCCAGAGUGGCUUACUCCAUCUCUGCUACCUAGCUGCAUUCUAACAAGUAGGGCUGAGAAGCAGUCUCGUUUCUUUCUGUCGCUCCUUUGGCUGCUAAUCAACAGCAAGUUAGUCCUCUCCAUGACAGAGCUCUGUCAAAAGUGAUACGUAAGUAGCCUGUAGCCAGCCACACAACAUUAAGAAUGCGAUGUGAUGUCACAAGAGCAAAGGCGUCAUGCCCCAGAGCUACCCCCCCC